GUGAGGAAUUCCUAAAAACCAAAUGGGCAGCUGUGGUGUGUGGACAGAGUUAGCAAAUUUUGGGAGACCCCACGAGUGGGUUUCAGCUUCUGCUACAUUUAUUUAUUAAUGGGCCCCCACCACUACUUGGGCCUGGGCCCCACCUCCCUUUUCUCAGCUAACACACACUACACGCACUGAUUCUCCCUUUUUGCUACUUGCUACUAGCCUUUGUUUUGGGUAUAUCAUUAUUUUGCAAAUUUCUGAUAAUUUCAUAUCAUCCAAAAUUAAGUUUGUUAGAAAAAAAGGUGAAGAUUCGUAAAUUAAAAGAAAUUUUAUAUGACAUUAUUCUGGAUUAAAUAUUGAAAUGAAUUUAUUUAAUAUGGUACAGGAUUAUAGAAGGCUCUUAUUUUCUCUCACAAACACAAACACAUAGGCAUUGUUUGUAGAAAGAUAGCAGUCAACCAAGCAGAAAGAGGAGAAGGCAGCAGUUGCUCAGUUGGCACAAAAGUCUCUCUCACUAACUCAAUGGCCCAAACUUUGAUUAAUUUGACGACAGGACAGCGCAUGAGAUUUUUCAAUUCUUGAAAACAGAAUGCUAUCUAUGGAACAAGGCGCCACUACCAACUCCGGCCACCGCGAGCCGCCGCCCUCCUCCCUACAGCUUGUCUCAACCCACCACCAAAGUCAACCAAGAGCCUCUCCCCCUUCCUCCACCUCCGCCGACGCCGCCAAGGCCUUGGUCGUCAAGAAGCCCUCCAAGGACCGCCACACCAAGGUCGACGGCCGCGGCCGCCGCAUCCGCAUGCCUGCCCUAUGCGCCGCCCGCGUCUUCCAGCUCACCAAAGAAUUGGGCCACAAAUCCGACGGCGAGACCAUAGAGUGGCUCCUGCAGCAAGCGGAGCCCUCCAUCAUCGCUGCCACCGGCACCGGCACAAUCCCGGCCAAUUUCUCCACCCUCAACGUCUCCCUCCGCAGCAGCGGCACCACAAUCUCCGCCCCGCCCUCCAAAUCCGCGCCUCUCUUCCUCGGCGGCGCCGCCGGCAUGCUCGGCUUUCACCACCAGCUCGCCGCCUUCGGACAACAAGACCCGGACGACAACAGCUACAUGAAGAAACGGUUUCGAGAAGACCCCGCCGCCGCCGGUUCGCCCAAACCGGGAGAACCGGGUUCCAACACUAAACCUAGCUCCGGUUCGACCACCGGUUGCAGCUUCAUCCCCGCUCCCGCCAUGUGGGCGAUGGCGCCGGCUGCCGCCGCCAACAUGGGCAACACUUUCUGGAUGCUCCCAGUGACCGGAGGCGGCGCCGCAACCGCGACGGCGGCGCAGCAGGAAUGGCAGCAUAGGCAGUCGUCCAUGCAGAGAGUCGGCGGGUUUGAGUUUUCCGGUGCGGGGCGGUUCAGCCCGGUUCAAUUCGGAUCAAUGGUGGUGCAGCCGUCGCCGCCGUCGCCGGUUCAGGCGCUGGAGACGAAUAUCGGUUUGUUGAGCUCCAUGAACGCGUACAACAACAGCAGUAGUGAUAGCAGAAUUGAUUUGGGAAUGAAUUUGGAGCACCACCACCAUCAUCACCAUCAACAUCAACAACAGCAGCAGCAACAGAAUCAGAAUCAGCCGCAGCGUAGCAAUAGCAGCGAUGAAAAUCCAGAAGAUUCACAGUAACUUUAUUUCUUCAGCCAUUAAUUUUUAUUUUAGGGUUUGCUGCAAGUAUUUUUUUUUUCUUGUUCAAUAAUUGUACUGUUUCACUGUUGCGUAGCUUUUGUUAGUGUGAUAAAAUACUCCCUCUCUCUCUCUGCUUUCUCUCUCUUACUGCUCAAUUUGGGGAUGAUUAAAUUUGAGAAUGUUGGGUGAGAAAUGGAAAAGAGUUCUUGUGAA